AUGAGUGAGAGGAGGCGUUCGGCCGCAGCUCUGAGCUCGAGAGCGCACGCGUUUUCCGUGGAGUCCCUGAUCGGAUCCAACAAGAAGAGGAAGCUCCGGGGCUGGGAGGAGAAGGAGCUGGAGCUGUCCAUGGAGAGCCUCGGGGAUGACGGGGACGAGCCUCACUGCGGCCUGGACAUGGACCCAGACUCAGAGGCCAGUCCGGGCUCAGACGGAGAGGGUCUGGCCGAGAGGACGUCUUGUUCUUUCGGGUCUCCUGCGGAGCUGGGCCCCGGGGCCUGCGACUCUCCUCCGGCCUCCAUGGAUGAGAUCCAGGUGGAGCUGCAGUGCGCGGACCUCUGGAAGCGCUUCCACGACAUUGGCACCGAGAUGAUCAUCACUAAAGCCGGAAGGAGGAUGUUUCCUGCGAUGAGAGUGAAGCUCUCCGGCCUCGACCCACAUCAGCAGUACUACAUCGCUAUGGACAUAGUUCCAGUGGACAACAAGAGAUACAGAUACGUUUACCACAGCUCCAAGUGGAUGGUGGCUGGGAACGCGGACUCGCCGGUGCCCCCUAGAGUCUACAUCCACCCGGACUCCCUGGCCUCGGGCGACACCUGGAUGAGACAAGUGGUCAGCUUUGACAAACUCAAACUCACCAACAACGAGCUGGACGACCAGGGCCACAUCAUCCUCCACUCCAUGCACAAGUACCAGCCGCGAGUCCACGUGAUCCGGAAGGACUUCAGCAGUGACCUGUCUCCGAACAAACCCGUCCCGACCGGGGAGGGGGUCAAGAGCUUCAGCUUCCCCGAGACGGUCUUCACCACGGUCACGGCCUACCAGAACCAGCAGAUCACGAGACUAAAGAUCGACCGUAACCCGUUUGCCAAAGGAUUCAGAGAUUCUGGAAGAAACAGGACCGGGUUAGAGGCCAUCAUGGAGACCUACGCCUUCUGGAGACCCCCAGUCCGGACCCUCACCUUUGAGGACUUCACCAACAUGCAGAAACAACAAGGAGGCAGCACCGGCACCUCUCCCACCGCGUCCAGCACCGGGACCCCAUCUCCCUCGGGGGCUGCCCACCUGUUGUCCCCGUCCUGCUCUCCUCCAGCGUUCCACCUCGGCCACAACUCCUUCAACGUGGGCUGCAGGGAGAGCCAGCUGUGCAACCUGGGCCUGACGGAGUACCCAGCAUGUGCACGCAGUAACAUGGCCGCUCUGCAGGGCUACGGAGGGCUGGCUGACACUUCUUAUGGACGCCUCCAGGCUGCAGGGGGCGCUGUGGCCUCUGCCCAGCCCUCUGACUCCUUCCUGCCCCAGAGGACUUCCUCUCUGAUCGGGAUGCAGGGCAGCUCCCACAGCUCUCUGCCUGGGGCCAGUGGUGGCGGAGGAGGUGGGGGUAAGAUGGAUGCUUACAGCGGUCAGUUCUCUCAGCUGCAGUACGUGAUGCAGACAGGAGGGGGCUCCAGCGCAGCCUCUUCUUCCUCCUCAGGCUCCUCCUCUUCCUCACACAUGUUCAGUGGAGGCCACCACCAUGUCCAGCAGGGCUCCUAUAAUGCCUUUUCUCUGCACAACCCGUACAAUCUGUAUGGAUACAACUUCCCCAGCUCCCCACGCCUCGCCGCCAGCCCAGAGAAGCCCCAGGGGGCGCUGUUGUGCUCUUCCUCUCCAGCAGGGGCCUUCGCCGAGCGCCAGUACUUGUCCAACGGCAGCAUGGACUCCAUGCACAUGAUCGGGAACCCGUCCGCGGGACAACAAGGCAGCGGCUCCUGCGACGGCCGUCAGUACGGCUCCUCCUCCCAAAUGUCCAUGCACAUGGUCUAA